GCGGGCCGUACUGGAUUAACGCGAGAAAGAUUGAGCAUGAUUAUCACAGCGAAACUGGUGGCCAUCGGUCUGAGCCUCGCCCUCACCGCCUUCACCGUCUCCACCAUUGUCCUGGCUGUGCAAAAGUCCAGUUUGAAGAGCGAUCUCCGCGAGGCCCAAGAAAAACUUGAUAUGCUGGAGGCGGGCCUGCAAACGACGUCAACCAGCACGGCGGCUCCUCCGAGCACAGGAACACCUUCAGAAACUGACCCAUCGAUCCCUACCUCAGCCCCUGAAACCACAGCAGAUCCGGUCACCACCGCAGCUCCCGUCACCACCCCAGCUCCGGAAGAGAAGAUUGACUAUCGCCUCCCCAGCCGCUUGGAGCCCACCCACUACGAUCUUUAUCUGUUCCCCAAUGUGGAGACCGGAGAGUUUAAUGGGCAGGAAACGAUUACCCUUACCGUCCACGAGGCAACCGAUACCAUUGUCCUGCACUCCCUGGACCUAAACAUUUCGAGCGUGUCAGUCCUUAAGCCCGACUUUUCAAGCGUGGAAGUCUCGGAGAUCAGCUUCGACGCGGUUAGGGAGUUUCUGGUUCUACAGCUGGCAGAAGAGCUGAGCGCGGGCAUCAACGUGGACCUACAUCUGGGAUUCGCGGGAUCCAUGGCCAACAAGAUUGUGGGACUGUACAGUUCGUCGUAUGUUAAGGAGGAUGAGAGCCGCAAGGUGAUAGCGACGUCCAAGUUCGAGCCCACCUAUGCCCGCCAGGCCUUCCCCUGCUUCGAUGAGCCGGCCCUGAAGGCCACCUUCCAGAUAACCCUCGUGCACCCCGUCGAUGGCGACUACCAUGCCCUGUCCAACAUGAACGUGGAGUCCGAAGUCAAUCAGGGGGCCUACACCGAAGUAACCUUCUCCAAGAGCGUGCCCAUGAGCACCUACCUGGCCUGUUUCAUUGUCUCUGACUUCACCGCAAAAUUCGUUGAGGUGGACACCAAAGGCAUUGGCGAGACCUUUACAAUGGGCGUUUACGCCACCCCCGAGCAGAUCGGAAAGGUCGAUUUUGCCACGGAAGUGGGCAAGGGUGUAAUUGAGUACUACAUUGACUACUUCCAAAUCGAGUAUCCCCUGCCCAAGCUGGACAUGGCAGCCAUUCCCGACUUCGUGUCCGGUGCCAUGGAGCACUGGGGCCUGGUCACCUACCGCGAGACUUCCCUUCUGUACGAUGCCGAGACGAGUUCUGCGACCAACAAGCAGCGCAUUGCCUCUGUCAUUGCCCACGAGUUCGCUCACAUGUGGUUUGGAAAUUUGGUGACCAUGAAUUGGUGGAACGAUCUCUGGCUGAACGAGGGCUUUGCCAGCUUCAUCGAGUACCUUGGCGUGGAUUCAGUCUUCCCCGAAUGGAAAAUGCGGGACCAGUUCAUUUAUAGCACAUUGCAUGCGGUUCUGACCUUGGACGGAACUUUGGGCUCCCAUCCAAUCAUCCAGACCGUGGAGAACCCCGACCAGAUCACGGAAAUCUUCGACACCAUCACCUACUCCAAGGGAUCCUCGCUGGUGCGCAUGGUGGAGGACUUUCUGGGCGAGACCAUUUUCCGCCAGGCCGUGACAAACUAUUUGAAUGAGUACAAGUACACAACCGCCGAGACAUCCAAUUUCUUUGCCGAGAUCGAUAAACUUGGUCUGGACUACAAUGUGACCGCCAUCAUGCUGACGUGGACAGUCCAGAUGGGUCUGCCAGUUGUCACGGUGGAGAAGAUCUCCGAAACUGAAUACAAAUUGACGCAGAAGCGCUUCUUGUCGAAUCCCAACGACUAUGACGCUGAUCACGAGCCCUCGGAAUUCAACUACCGCUGGUCAAUACCCAUCACAUACACCACCAGCGGCGAGUCGACUGUGCAGCGAGUCUGGUUUUACCAUGACCAGAGCGAAAUCACCAUUACUCUGCCAGCUGCUGUGCAGUGGAUCAAAUUCAACUCUGAGCAAGUGGGCUACUACCGAGUAAACUAUGCUGAGGCGCUGUGGGAGUCGUUGGCCACAGAGCUUGUGGCCACGCCCAGUACCUUUAGUUCCGGAGAUCGCGCCUCCCUGCUGAACGACGCCUUCGCCCUUGCGGACUCCACGCAGCUGCCGUAUGAGACCGCUUUCGACAUGACCAAGUAUCUGGACAAGGAGGAGGACUAUGUGCCCUGGAGCGUGGCCGCCUCGAAGCUGACAUCUCUUAAGCGUACACUCUACUACACGACCAGCUACGUGAAGUACAAGAAGUAUGCGACGGCUCUGAUCGAACCCAUCUACACGGCCCUCACCUGGACAGUGGGAGAGGAUCACCUGGACAAUCGUCUUCGGGUGACGGCCUUGAGUGCCGCCUGUUCCCUGGGUCUGGAAUCUUGCCUUAGCGAGGUGGGAGAGCAGUUCAACAGUUGGCUGGUUAAGCCCGAUGAGCGCCCCAAGCCAGAUCUCCGCGAGACCAUCUACUACUACGGCAUGCAAUCGGUGGGAAACCAAGAGAUCUGGGAGAAGGUCUGGGAGCUGUUUGUCAACGAGGCCGAUGCCAGCGAGAAAUCGAAGCUGAUGUACGGCCUAGCCGCUGUGCAGGAGCCCUGGAUCCUGCAGCGGUACAUUGACCUGGCCUGGAACGAGGAGUACGUGCGAGGUCAGGACUACUUCACCUGUCUGACUUACAUUGCGGCCAACCCCGUGGGCGAGUCCCUGGUCUGGGAGUAUGUGCGCGAGAACUGGCAGAAGUUGGUGGAUCGCUUUGGGCUGAACGAGCGGUAUCUGGGCAACCUUAUACCGUCGAUCACGGCUCGCUUCAGCACUCAGACGAAGCUCGAGGAAAUGGAGUACUUCUUCGAGAAGUAUCCCGAAGCAGGAGCCGGAACUGCGGCACGCGUGCGCGCCCUGGAGACGGUGAAGAACAACAUUGUCUGGUUGGCCGAAAAUCUCGAAGCCGUCGACGCCUGGCUGGACAAUCAGCAACUGUAGAUCGAGGUUGAAGCGGACGAGAAUGAGUCCAGAAAGUGGCCAUCAUCGUACAUUGGUCUUUUUUUUAGCUUGUACUCAUAUAAUGGCUGCUAUAAAGCAACUAUGCUUAACAACUGAGAAUAAAGAUAAGCUAGUUUUGGGAAAAAACAAAAAUUACAGCUCCAUAAA